GUUUUUCUUCAGAUUUUUUUUUUACGAUGUCGCUUACGUGCGAUGAGUUGUCGAACUUCUUGAUUCUGAAUUAUGCGAUUUCGGAAACGGACGUGCUUCUGAUAUUAACGAAGUGCCAACGUCAAUUAGCUCUUCGACCUUUGCUGAACCGGAAUGUGGAAGUUUGUCAAUUCCUACUGGAGACCUUGUACCAGACCACCGAUGAUAUUUUACACAAAAUCGUCUGGUUAUGUUAUUCACUACGAAACUCUUUUCUUCUUCUUAGAGAUCAGGUCCUUUGCUUUCGCCACUGGCUGCUCUUCAAUUUAAAUAGCUCUGAAGUAGCAGAGCUCCUUUCGUACUUCGACAAGCUGAAGACCUCGGAGGAAGAACUGAAAGACCUCGGCAAAGCUGUUGCAUCUGCGAAAGACAAUGUGCAUGACACGGAGAUUCAGAUCAAAGCAGAAGAGAUGUACAACCAUCAGCUGCUCGACGUCACUGUGCAGUUUGAACGACGUCGGAUUGCCAAUCUAGAAGCAGCUCAGGCGCGGGAAUCAGAAGAGAUCUGUCAAAAAAUCCGGGAAGAAAAUCACAAUCACGUGCUAUCUGUUCAAUUUUUGCAAGAUUUCUUGAAGACUUUGGAGCAACAAACUCUGGAAUGGAAAGCAAAAUACAACCGGAACACUGAAAUGAUGAAGAAAGAAAUAGCCUUGAUGACAAACAAAAGGGUCGGAUAUGAAGAAAAUUAUCAAGAGCUUGUUGCGCUGAAAGCCAAGUCUAGAAAGAAGCAAGCAGCUGCUGCUUCCGCAUCUGUGAAUGAUGCCUUGCCGGAAGGUAAGGUUGAUGAAAAGACCGCUGCUCCAAAACCUGUCCAGUCGAAACCGGUUCCCAAGAAGACAAAACCGCACAAAUGA